AUGGAGUCCAACCUGUCACUCAUGUCCUCCCUCAAAGAUGAGGACAACCCCGUUUAUGUGCAGCCUCAUUAUAAGGAGACGUACCGGCUGGCCAUCUACGCGCUGCUCUGCGGGGGCCGAGAGGCCUACGAGGAGUUCCUCCGGGCCGAGCAGAUCAGCCACUUCCUGUCAGAUGAGGAGAUCCUGUUCAUCCUGGAGAAUGGAGAGAUUUCUGCUGUCGACGAAGACGAGGACCCGGAGGAGAGGAGGCUCACGGAUGAGAACGGAGCACGGACCUCCACGUACUUCCCCACAGAGUCGGACGAGGAGGUGCCAGACCUGGACCUGGGCUGGCCCGAGGUCUCCCUGGAGGGGACAGACACCAGCAUCAGCCUGCUGUUCCACCCGCCCCGGGAAAACACGCCGAGCAUUAAAGAAGUGGUGCGCAAACAGAUCCAGGAGGCGAGGCAGGUUGUUGCCAUAGCGAUGGACGUCUUCACUGACGUGGAUAUAUUCAAAGAGAUCAUCAGCGCCACGUUGAGAGGAGUGGCGGUCUACAUCCUUCUAGAUGAUUCUCAGUUCAAGAGCUUCCUCACCAUGUCGCUGCGAGCCGGCGUCAACAUCCAGGACUUCAAGAACAUCCGUGUCCGAACGGUUCAGGGGCAGGAGUAUCGCUGUCAGUCGGGUGUGAGGUUUCAUGGAGGUUUGGAGCAAAAGUUUCUACUGGUGGACUGCAGAACCGUGGUGUACGGGACCUUCAGCUACACGUGGACGUUUGAGAAGAUCAACCUCAGCAUGGUCAUGGUGAUCACAGGUCAGCUGGUCUGCACAUAUGACGAGGAGUUUCGGAGGCUGUAUGCCCGCUCUGUAGUCCCUGUGGUACAGCCCAGGAACAAGUUUACAAUCCAGUACCUGAGAGACAUCGCAGCAAUGCAGAGCCCAAACUCCAGUCAACUCAACCUCAACCAGAUCCAAAUGAGGUCCAGGGUGAUGCAAGGCACCAGAGGUGCUCCAGAUGAGAGGUUUAGCAAUCCUGCCAUGUUAACGCGGGGACUGAGCAUGCAGGAAAGACUGCAUCAGUCCCACUGUGUGGACAUGGGGAACCUGGUGAGGGGGCACAGCUAUGGAGGAGAACUCCAGAAAUUAAACUCCAUGACCCGGCUCAGGAUGGGGACCAAAGACUUCCCUCUCCCUCAUGAAAGGACUAAUCUGAGGGUUGGCGGCGACAUGCUAACUAACAGGUUGUCUCAGCAGCACCUAAGGCACCGUAAUCUCUAUGGAGCGGACCAGAAUCUGAUCCCGUUCAACUCGGAGACAUCCCUGCACAGGUGGAAGAUGGACACAUACCUCAACAACAGCGACAUGCCUCUAGAUGCUUCAUGUGACGCAAUAUCCCCGAUGGCAUCGCCAUACAGCAGCCACACGGGCUUGAACGAGUACCAGUCACAAAUGAUCCACAGCAGGUCCCGGGACAUCAAGACCAGGAUGGAAGAGAUGAGGCAGAAGAGGCUCAGCUUGCAGGAAUAUACCAAUCUGAGACAGAGUCAAGAGUCUUUAAGGUCUAUGUAUCCGCCUCUAGACCGACAUAAACCGCUGACUUCACUACGAGGUCUGGACAUGAGGCAGAGCAUGAUAGAUCUAGAGCCGAAUAUGCAAAACGGUUGGGGCCUUGACCCAAGUGAGUCAAAGAAAGAAGUUGACAAAAGAGAGCAAAUUCUCGACGAUGGACACCGCUCUGCUUCUCAUAGUGAUGUCAAAAUGGCUCCAGAUCGAAGGACGAUGCAGGCCUACGACUGGCGUGAGCCUCUUUCCAGGACUACCUCUGCUGCAGACAUAGAUAUGAAACUAAAUGAUCUGUCACUGAAGCUCCCUCACAUGCAGCCCGGCGGUCUCAGUCUCAGAACGAUGGAGUCUUUGACUGAGAUCCCUGAAGAGAAGGAGGGUUCAAAUUCACGUGUCAACAGCUCAGACUCUGCAUUUAAAGAAGGAAAUGAAGAGAUUCAAAAAGAGGAGAAGCGUCAGGAGCAACGUAGAGGCAGCCACGGUUCUGUAGGGAAAGUAACAAAAAGCACUGGCUCGACUACUCCUAAAGAAGUCAAGAGAUCGGUGUCCAAUGAGAUGAAAACUUCCAGAAAGAACUCGAGCACUUCUUCAGGAUCUCAGCUCACAAUAGACGGUAAGAUCAGCCCAUCAGAAACGGGAUCAACAAAUCCAGAGGAACCCAGCCUGCAGCGGAAGAACUCCAUGAGAAAAAAAGUGCACUCACUGCUUACAUCCGAUGACAAGAAAGCCUCCAAAAAAGAGGAGAAGUCACUCCAAAGAAAGGCCUCGCUGAGAUCAUCGCAUCCUUCAGCCAAAGAUCCAGCAUCUUCAGAGGGGAAAUCCUCAAAGAAGGGCUACUCGCCGAGUCUGCCCAGGUUGCAGAGCUCUGCCACCAGUCCAACAGAGCCAGAGAAGCCUAAAUCUCCAUUCCCGAGGUUAUCUCCUCAGCGUUCAAGCAAAAGGAAGACGGGUCAUUCGUCCGAGGAGGAACGAAGCGGAAGGAGCAUUCCGGACAAGGAUGGCGCGGCCGUCUACCAAAGGGAGAAGGUCUACAGUCGGUUUGAGUACUUGCUCAGCACUGAGAGUAUUCCUCGAGAUAAAGACAAAUACAGAAGUGCUUCUCUGAGCAGACAGGACGCUAACUCUCAAGGAUUCCAGACUCAAAGUGGCGCUGAAAACAAACUGGGGAAAUUCAUGCAGCGAGUGGGAAAUCUGAUCAACAAGAACAAGUAG